GAGGCAAGAAAUAUUGAAAAUAUACCUCCUCAUGAAUUGAACCCUCUGGUCUGCGAGUUUUUGUUGGGUGUGACUAAAAAAGAUGGAUCAGAGUAUGAACCCACAUCUUUGAGGGCAUUUUUAAGCUCAAUCGACAGGCAUUUAAGGCACAUGAACUACAAGCACUCUUUGAUAAAUGACCCUAAAUUUGCCAAAGUGAGGGAAGUAUUAAAAAGUAAACAAAAAGCUCUGAAAAAAGAAGGUUAUGGAAAUAAACCGCAUCAAGCCCAGGCAUUAACAAAUGAACAUAUUGAAGCUUUGUACGCAGCUAAAACUCUGGGAGAAUCAAGCCCAAGAGCUCUAUUACACUCACUGUGGCUUAUAUGUACAACCCAUUUUGGGAUGAGAACCGGCAAGGAAAUUCACACCCUAUGCUGGGGUGAUGUCAGCCUUGGAAUCGAUUUUGAAACUGGUGAAGAAAUCAUCACCUUCGACACUGAGCGUCAGACAAAAACACGUACUGGUGAAAAUCCUAGGGAUAUAAGGAAAGUCAAGCCACGGGCAUAUGCAGUUCCCGAACAACCUGACAGAGAUCCGGUGCAUCUCUACAAGCUAUAUGCCGACAAACGCCCUGUUGACAUGAUGACACAAGACAGCCCCUUCUUCUUAACUCCUGGCAACAUGACACAGCAAUGCUGGUUCAGGAAGUCUGCCAUGGGAAUAAACAAGCUAUACAGCAUAAUGACCGAGAUGAAAACAGAUGCUGGUAUUCAAGAGCCAAGAAUCACCCCAUACAGUGCAAGAAAGCACUUGAUUCAGAAGCUGAAUGACGAGAAUGUUCCUGCUCAUCAAAUAAUACAGAUUUCAGGGCACAGAAAUAUUAACAGCUUAAAUAAUUACAGCAGUUUGAACAAGGAACAGUCAAAAAAUAUUUCAAAAAUACUUUCUCAUUCAAACCAGUCAGUUGAAAAGCACAACCGCACAGCCACUGCCACUGCGUCAGCCACACCUGCAUCAAGUGAUUUUCCGAUGGCCCGAGGAUUUUUUGUCAACUCACAUUUCCAGGGCAAUGUAACAUUUAAUUUUCACAACUCUGAAUCUUACAUGGGCCUUUCCCAGACACAGAACGUAGUCAAUCACCAGAGGCAAUCUCCAUCCCGUACACCGGCGGUAACCGCAGAUUCCCCUGUACAGCGACACUACAAGCGAAUCCGUCUUAUUGCAGAGAGUGACAGUGAUUGAUAUCGAAACCAUUUAGCACAAAAACACUGUUGAAAUAUGUUUGCGUUCCUAGUUUAAUCCAGUUAUGUGUUAUUAAUGCAGCAAGUCGUAAAAGUGUUGUUCAACAUGGCGAGCACUUUCGUAACUUUGAGAUCAGUUGAAUACACAAAUUACUACGCCAGUAUAUGCAACACUAUUAAUUUCAUAAUAAUUUAAAUUAAACUAUUGUUUGUAAUAAUAUUGAAUGUAUAAAGUAUGAAAAAGAUAUAUGUUGAAUAAAACAUUGAUUUUAA